AUGGAUUUUUAUUACUCAAGAAAAGAUUUGCUAGCAAUUACUCUAGCCAUAUUUCUGGUCGGAACCUCACCCGGAGAGGUUUACGGCCAGAACUGCGGCUGUUCACCGGAUCUAUGCUGCAGCCAAUAUGGUUACUGUGGCACUGGCAAUGACUACUGUGGCAGAGGGUGCCAGGGUGGCCCUUGCUAUGCUCCACCAAGUAGUAAUGGAGUUUCGGUUCCUAAUAUCGUGACGGAUGCAUUUUUCAAUGGCAUUGCUGAUCAAGCUGCCUCAAACUGUGCCGGGAAGGGAUUCUACACUAGAGCGGCUUUUCUUGAAGCUCUCGGUUUCUAUCAACAGUUCGGGACUGUUGGUUCCGUAGAUGAUUCUAAGCGCGAGAUUGCUGCAUUCUUCGCGCACGUUACACAUGAAACUGGACAUUUAUGCUAUAUAGAAGAAAUAAAUGGUCCGUCUAGAGAUUAUUGUGACGAGAGUAACACCCAGUAUCCAUGUGCAUCCGGCAAGGGAUACUAUGGACGAGGUCCUAUACAACUAUCGUGGAACUUCAACUACGGACCAGCAGGGAAUAGCAUAGGGUUUGAUGGUUUGAACAAUCCGGAAGUUGUAGCCACGGAUCGCGUAGUGUCAUUCAGGACUGCUCUUUGGUAUUGGAUGAAUAAUUGUCAUGAUAGUAUAACUUCGGGUCAAGGUUUCGGGGCUACCAUUCGGGCUAUUAAUGGUGCUCUUGAAUGCGAUGGCGCUAAUCCAGGCACAGUUAAUACUCGAGUUGGGUACUACAGAGACUACUGCGAUCAACUUCAAGUUGAUCCCGGCAAUAAUUUAACGUGCUAA